UCCACUACCCCCUUCCGCGCGCCGCCCCCCUGGGGCGGCUGCUCGCCUGGCGGGGUCGCCGCCUUCCUCCCGGAGGACCGCUGGUGGGAACUCGGGUCUUGUUGAGAGCACUGCCCCUAGUCCGUUGGUACCCUUGUCCCCCACCCCCACCUUGGUCCGUGCAAUGCCAGCCGCCACCUGCUGGGACUAUCUCCAGUUACAGUCUGAAGGCUGGAAAGAGGUCUGGGACCUGUCGCUAUGGGGGACAUGAAGACCCCUGAUUUUGAUGACCUCCUUGCUGCUUUUGACAUCCCUGACAUUGAUGCAAAUGAAGCCAUUCACUCUGGGCCAGAAGAAAACGAGGGACCAGGAGGCCAAGGGAAGCCAGAACCCAGUGUCGGAGGUGAUUCUGAAGACAGAGCAGCAACAGUAACUAUUAAGGAUGACCCUGAGAGUCCAGCCGAGGCCUCUGAACAUGGCCUUCCACAACCGCCGGAUACUUCCACAGUCAGUGUUAUUGUCAAGAACACAGUGUGUCCGGAGCAGUCAGAGACCCUGACUGGGGAUUCAGGAGAAGAGACCAAGGCUGGGGGUGUAACUAAGGAAGGACCUAUGGGAUCUUGUCUGAUACAAAAUGGAUUUGGGGGUCCUGAGCCAUCCCUCUCAGAAACUCCCCAUUCUCCAGCUCCUGCCAAUGGAGAUGCCUGGAAAGAAAAAACUAUAGAAGGCAAAACACCCUUGGACCUCUUUGCUCAUUUUGGGUCUGAACCAGGGGAGCACCCAGAUCCCCUACCUCCUGAACCUUCCUCACCUCGAGAUGGUGACAUGACCUCACCUCCUUUCUCCACUCCUUUUGAGCUGGCUCCAGAAAAUGGCUCAACCCUGCUGCCUCCUAGUUCUCUCCUGCCAGAAGGGGCCUUGAAACAGGAAAGCUGCAGCCCCCUCCAUUCCCAGGGCCAGACUCAGAGAAGCUCAGGUUCCAGCCCUGAGGCAGCAGGUGUCCCUGCCAGUGCCUCACCUCCCCAGGUGGCUGGAAUGUCCUUCAAGCAGUCUCCAGGACACCAGAGCCCUCCUGCUUCCCCUGAAAAGGCAUCCAGCUGUAAACCUCUGAAGGAAGAAGAUGAGGCAACAGUGGACAAGUCUCCCCCAAGAAGUCCCCAGAGCCCCUCUAGUGGAGCUGAGGCGGCAGACGAGGACAGCAAUGAUUCCCCUACCUCCUCCAGCUCUUCUCGGCCCCUCAAGGUGCGGAUCAAGACUAUUAAAACGUCCUGUGGGAAUAUCACAAGAACUGUCACCCGGGUUCCCUCAGAACCUGAUCCCCCUGCCCCUUUGGCUGAGGGAGCUUUCCUGGCUGAGGCUAGCUUCCUGAAACUGUCUCCUGUAACUCCAACCCCUGAGGGUCCAAAGGUGGUGAGUGUCCAAUUGGGUGAUGGUACAAGGCUGAAAGGUACUGUGUUGCCUGUGGCUACCAUCCAGAAUGCUAGUACUGCCAUGCUAAUGGCAGCUAGUGUUGCCCGCAAAGCUGUGGUUCUACCAGGGGGGAGUGCCACCAGCCCUAAGGCUAUGGCUAAGAGUGUGUUAGGUCUGGUACCCCAAACUCUGCCCAAGGCUGAGGUGCGGACAGGGUUAGGCCUUGGGGGCCAGAAGGUAAAUGGCGCCUCAGUGGUGAUGGUCCAGCCUUCUAAGCCUGUUACUGCGCCAGGCACAGCAGGCGGCUCAGUGAUCUCUCGGACCCAGUCCAGCCUGGUAGAAGCCUUCAACAAGAUCCUCAACAGCAAGAACCUGCUGCCUGCUUAUAGACCGAACCUGAGUCCACCAGCGGAGGCUGGCCUGGCCCUGCCUCCAACAGGCUACCGUUGCCUUGAGUGUGGGGAUGCCUUCUCCCUGGAGAAGAGCCUGGCACGGCACUAUGAUCGUAGAAGCAUGCGUAUAGAGGUCACCUGUAACCACUGUGCCCGUCGCCUGGUCUUCUUCAACAAGUGUAGCCUACUCCUGCAUGCCCGUGAGCACAAGGACAAGGGGCUUGUCAUGCAGUGCUCCCACUUGGUCAUGAGGCCUGUAGCCCUUGACCAGAUGGUGGGGCAGCCGGACAUCACUCCCCUGCUGCCUGUGGCUGUCCCACCUGUUCCUGGACCUCUGGCCUUGCCUGUUUUGGGCAAGGGGGAGGGGGCUGUCACCACUACUCUUACUACAGUUGCCACUGAAGCCCCUGUGCUGCCACUCCCGACAGAACCCCCCACGCCCCCUGCCGCCUCUGUUUACACGUGCGUCCGCUGUCUGGAGUGCAAGGAGCAGUGCCGGGGCAAGGCCGGCCUGGCAGCCCACUUCCAGCAGCCGGGCCCUCCUGCGCUUGGGUCUGCCAGCAACGUGUGCCCAUCCUGCCCCAUGAUGCUCCCCAAUCGUUGCAGCUUCAGUGCCCACCAGCGCACACAUAAGAACCGGCCCCCCCACGUCUGUCCUGAGUGUGGGGGCAACUUUCUACAAGCCAAUUUCCAGACCCACCUUCGAGAGGCCUGUCUGCACUUCUCGCGCCGUGUGGGAUACAGGUGCCCCAGCUGUGCAGUGGUGUUUGGGGGUGUGAACUCCAUCAAGUCCCACAUACAGGCGUCACACUGCGAAGUUUUCCACAAGUGCCCCAUCUGCCCCAUGGCCUUCAAGUCUGCGCCCAGUGCCCAUGCCCACCUCUACUCCCAACAUCCCAGCUUCCUCACCCAGCAAGCCAAGCUGAUCUAUAAGUGUGCCAUGUGUGACACCGUCUUCACUCACAAACCGCUUCUCUCCUCACACUUCGACCAGCACCUGCUGCCCCAGCGUGUCAGCGUCUUUAAGUGUCCAUCUUGUCCUCUGCUUUUUGCCCAGAAAAGGACCAUGCUGGAACAUCUCAAGAACACUCACCAGUCUGGACGCUUGGGGGAGGAGGCAGUUGGGAAAGGGGCUGGAGGUGCCCUUCUGACCCCCAAGACUGAACCUGAGGAGCUAGCUGUGUCUCGGGCAGAGGCAGCCCCUGCUACUGAGGAAUCCUCCUCAUCCUCCGAAGAGGAGCUGCCCAGCUCCCCUGAGCCUCCCCGCCCAACCAAACGACCCCGUCGAGACCUGGGAAGCAAAGGCAUCAAAGGUGGGGGUGGGGGGCCUGGGGGCUGGACCUGUGGCCUUUGUCAUUCCUGGUUUCCUGAGCGGGAUGAGUAUGUGACCCACAUGAAGAAGGAGCAUGGCAAGUCAGUGAAAAAGUUCCCCUGUCGCCUGUGUGAGCGCUCCUUCUGCUCUGCCCCAAGCCUGAGACGUCAUGUCAGGGUCAACCAUGAGGGAAUCAAGAGAGUUUACCCAUGCAGGUAUUGCACAGAGGGGAAGCGCACCUUCAGUAGUCGCCUGAUCCUGGAGAAGCAUGUCCAAGUCCGGCAUGGCUUGCCCCUUGGGACCCAGUCCCCUUCUGGCAGAGGAGGCACCCUGGUGCGAGGCUCUGGUGGCAGAGCCCAGGGCCCAGGACGGAAACGCCGCCGGUCUUCUGACUCAUGCAGUGAGGAGCCUGACAGUACAACGCCGCCAGCCAAGCCCCUGAGGGGUGGCCCUGGGUCAGCAGGCCACGGGCCUCUGCGCUACAGGAGCAGUGGCUCAGCCGAACAGAGCGCUGUGCUGGGGCUGAGGGUGGAUGGAGGCACGCAGCAGUGCCUCGACUGUGGCUUGUGCUUUGCUUCCCCCGGCUCCUUGAGCCGCCACCGGUUCAUUAGUCACAAGAAGAGACGGGCUGGGGGUAAAGCCAGUGCUCUGGGGCUGGGGGAUGGGGAGGAAGAGGCUCCUCCAUUUCGCUCUGACCCAGAGGGUGGAGAUUCACCUUUGCCUGCUUCUGGAGGCCCUCUGACUUGUAAGGUCUGUGGCAAGAGCUGUGAUAGCCCUCUGAAUCUCAAGACCCAUUUCCGUACGCAUGGUAUGGCAUUCAUCAGGGCCCGGCAGGGAGGCUGUGGGGACAGCUAGGUCCCAGGCCUAGGACUGGCUAGUCCUCUUCCCUGGAACUUGGGUUCACUGCUGCUGUCACCUCCCUGAGCUGGGAAGUGUAACAUUUAUUUUGAUUCUUCUCUUUCUGCCUGAGGGGAAGGCUUUUGAGGAUUCUAGUAACUUGCACCCCCCUCCUCUUGAGUUUGGUCCCUGGGUCCUACUUAAGUGGGCUCUCCUUUCUUCUUUCUGAAUCCAACACUAAUGUUCCUGCUGCAGACCUCCUGGUGUGGGGGGACAGGACCUUGGGAAGCCUGCUAGACACAGGCACAGGGGAGACUGAAGGAUGGACAGGGUCUAGCUUCUACCCCUCUGCUAGAUUUCCUCUGUGCCGGGCUCUGCCCUAGUAUCCCCCCCUCUUAACACUCAUCGGCACUAACACCCCGCCCCGUCCCUGCAGUGCCUUCCAUUGGUCUUUUCCCCCAGAAAUCUAGGGGUGGGGGGUUGGUGGGGAUGAGUCCUGUCAAAUGGGGUCCAGGGAGAGAAGACAGGCUCUCAGGAAUCCUUUAUUCUUGUAGUGAUAAUACUAACAGUGGGAGGAACGAGGGAGAAAACCAGACCAUUAAAACUGCUUGUGGUUUAAUCCCCA